GCGCUGGGGCUGCGCGGGCGGCAGGCAACGGCUGAGGGGGCGGCGGCGGCGAGGGUUGGGCUCGAGCGGGCGGCGGCGCCUCAGACUGCCCGGAACGGGAGCCCACACGGGCGGGCGCCUGAAACAAAGGGAAGCGGGCGUCCGGGAGCCGCGGGUGGGCGGUCAGUCGGUCAGCGCGGAGCCAGCCAGCGGGUGCCCGCGCAAGCCCCGAGCGCGGCCGGCCGGCGCGGCCUCAGGGCGGGAAGAUGCCGCGCGUCGUGCCCGACCAGAGAAGCAAGUUCGAGAACGAGGAGUUUUUUAGGAAGCAGAGCCGCGAGUGUGAGAUUAAGUACACGGGCUUCAGGGACCGGCCCCACGAAGAACCCCAGGCGCGCUUCCAGAACGCCUGCCGCGACGGCCGCUCGGAAAUCGCUUUUGUGGCCACAGGAACCAAUCUGUCUCUCCAGUUUUUUCCGGCCAGCUGGCAGGGAGAACAGUGACAAACACCUAGCCGAGAGUAUGUCGACUUAGAAAGAGAAGCAGGCAAGGGCGGUUCCACUUUGGGUUUGUGUAGUCCUCGAUCACGUGAGGAGAUGCGUCGGUCCCGGAGCAAUCGAAGUCUCAUCCCCAUCCUGAGCGGCCUCUUUUCUAGGAUCAAGAGGACCAUACUCCAGCCCAGGACAAAACCCCACAGCAGCUCAUUGUCCAGCAGGAGAGGAGCAGACCCACCUCCAAGAAGGUGGUUGUACCCCUGCACGGCUCUUCUCUGAGCAAUGAAGCCACACCACGAUACAGUUCUGAAGAGGAAGCCAGGAAUGGGAGAUGGCAACAAUUCCUGUCCCUGGAAUGCUGGCCUCUCUGGACAAGUCACGCGUUUCGCACCCCUCCCCUUAUGCCCGUGGCGGUGGCAAGGUUCUGUAACUUACCUGGGCUCUGGCCUGUGCUCUGUCCUCCCUCUUGCUCUGUCUCCCCUGUUUCUGAGGGGCCUAGUUGCCUCUUGGUCUGGCUGAAUAAAUUCUACAAAGAUCGCUUCCCAGUCCAUCAGGGGGACACUUUCUGGAGAUCCGCGACAUGACUCUUUCUCUCUCCAAACCUGUUUCUGCUGGAUUGGGCAGGUCUGAUAAGCCUGGAACACUUGGCUUCCAUGCGUGUCUCAGAGAAGUUUCUUUGGUCUCCUUGUUUCACCUCAUCAGUGGGUGGAUUGCGUAGAAUGAGCGCUAGGUGAUCAUGACUGGCCUUGUCUUCUAGGACAGGUGGUGUCCCAUUUCCUUUGCACGUCCUGUCUCACAAAUGAGGGAUAUCCUCUCCUCUGCUCAUAGGUGGACUGAUUCCCUGAAUCUUUUGGCUGUAAUGAAUGUCAGGAAACCAAAGUAACUGGGCUGGGCCUGGGGAUGGGGUUGGGGCUGGGUGCAGGGAAGGUUGUGUCAGGGCUACCUGGGCAGUGGAGGCUUUGGGGUGGGGUGAAUGUUGCAGAAACCUCUGUGCUCCUCUGGCAGGCAUUUCAAAAUGUGGCUUGGACUGAGGCACAGGCCCCGUCCAGGUUCCCAGGUCUUCUUUGGGUUUCCUUGGCACUCAGGGAAAGGCCACUUGUUCCCCCUUUCCACUGGGCACAUGCCUGGACACCAUUGUUGGUUUUGCCAUCACCCCAUAUGCCUCCAGUGACACACAUUCACCUCAUCUUCUGUGGGAUACGCCAGUGCCACGCGAGAUUGCAUUGUCUCCACCUCGGCUUCACACCGUCCCUGUUUGCACCUGUCCUGGAAAGUGGUGUCCGCUUGCAGGAGCCCCAGGGCUUUUAGAAGCGGGGCACACCCUGCUCUUUCAAGGGAGGAGGGAGGCAGAGGGCUCACGGAUCAGUGAACUUUCAGCUGACACCACGCCUUGAGGGCCAUGGGAUCAUUCUGUGCUGCAGCGAGGACCUGCCUGCCUCACCAGAUGUGCUGAGCCCAUCCUUUCUAACCCGGAGGAGUCCAAACUAGGAUCUGAAGAGGAGUCCUGAGAACCCAGCAGGCGCCCUGAAGAUUCCCCUCCAUCGGUGGAAGUCGGCUCAAGGAGGUCCUGAAGACUGGACUUCUGAGGGUUUGGCCCGGGGACAGGAUACUCAAGGACUCCUCUCCCACCCCACCCCAAACUGGACCUCAGCCCCCACGCCACAGCCCCCACUUUCUCCCCAGAGCUGAGGGAUAGACCGAGAAUUGCGACUAGAAAUUCGAUCGAUUGGUAUGAGGGAUCACGUGGCCAGGGGCUGGCCAAUGACCAGGCCGCCCGGGAUGAGCUAAUAAUGGAAGCAAUUUGUAACUUUCAGUAGCUCUCUAGGCCUGGGUACCAGAGGGAGGGAGGCGGGCAGAGGAGGGGAGAUGGGCACCCCCAGUCUUUCCAUCCUCCUCAUUCGUCUAGGGGCACCCGAGUCCCCUAUUCCUUAUUUCUCCUAUCACUCAGGCACUGGCAGGGUCCUUUGCCACUCCUGUUGGCCGCUGCGGCUCCAAAGCGAGGUAAGCUGGUCCUCUACCCCUCAAACUCUUCACCCCGUUUACUAGCACCUGCAAACCACAGCCUCCCUUCCUGUCCCAUUAGUGAAUUUAAAUCGGAUUUUGUUUUUCUUCUUAGUUGAAAGAAAAAAAAUCUUGUUGUAUUCUUUUGUGUAACCUAUCUCGGAUUUGGAGAAAAUUUUAAUUCAAAUUCAUACACUCAUAUUGGGGGGGGGGGGUGAGUGGUACUUUCCUCCUUUUCAAUAAAUUUCUAUACUUGCUACUUUAUGGAGAGUUUUCUUUGGGGGUGAGUUACACCUUAUGUUUUCACAUGUGUUACUUCUUUAAUGAUAAGUUCAACUCCUUUCUCCAUUCCAUCCUCCAAUUUUGCUAUUUAUAAAUAUCACCUAAUGGAUUUAGAGUUUAUUCAUUUUUCUCCUCCCUCACUAGUUUUUCAGCUGUUACAGAAUCACCACAAUUUAUUUUUCUCUGUAUGUGGAUGAGGUUUUGUGUUGAUUCCUCUUUUUGUUUUGUAAAUGAAUUUAUUGUUUGGGAAACACUUGGGGGGUGGUGUGUAAAAAGGUCUUUUGAUUAAUUCCAACCUCUCCUCUUCUGAAGAACAAUUUGCUUGAAAUGUUUUGUGUAUUUUCCUCAUUUUUAUUAUGUUUAAAUUUGAGAUAUUUUACCUUCUUUAAAACCUGACCUCUUUUUAAAAUUUAACCUUUUGCAUGUUAAACCAUUUUUAAGGUUUUUAUUUUAUAAACUGCAAUGUUUAGUAGAUUUACUUGCCUUUCCCUGACCUCCUUCACGCUCCUGCCUCCUCGAUCUCAAAACUCCCAUCCCCAGCUUCCACAAUUCUCAGCUUCCAACGGACUCAUCCUCCCCUCUCCUCCCAGCCAAGGAGGGAUGCCUGGGAAGUAGACAGUGUCCUUCUUGGGUCAGAGCCUAUGCUCUGGUUCUAGUUCAGGACACCUCCAGUCUGACCUCCAAGCCGGCAAAACGAGUGAGAGCAGAAUUUCUGUUCAACUUUUUCAUUUGGGACUAAGUUCUUUCCACUUGGCUGUAUUCUGGAGAACUCUGAUACAUGAAAUUGAAUUUUAAGUUCUCAUUUUUUCCCUAAAUUCUCAGAAAAGUGAAGGCAGAUUGUUUUUCUUCCUUAAAUGUAAGCUGUUAGCUUAAGGGUCAGCCCUUUGGGUCUUUUACCUCCUGGGGGAGACUUCUCAGAGAGACACACAGUGUUGAUUCUUCCCUUUAGUUUUGGGUAAGGUAGAAGGGGCAGGGAUUGGGGAAGCCCAUAUUGAUCUCUCGCUCUAGCUCUGAACAAAGAAGGGUAGAGAGCUGGCCCGGGGACUUGUCCCUUUGAUCAGUAAGGUUUGGCUUAGGAGAGGGUUUGAAGUAAAUCCCAGCUCUGAGGAAAUUCUUCUUUUUAGCAUUACUGUGAAAAUAAACUCUUAAAAUGGUGUGACAUGGCUUCAAACUAUUCAGAUUCCUUGAAGUAACAAAAAUAAACUUACAAAAGUAAUUUGUGUUUCCCAAAGAUCCGCCUCCAGUGACUAUUUCUCUCAGGGAAACAGAACCCAACUGGGCAGAAGUAAAACUGCCGCCCCUCCCCUUUCAGUUCCCCAGUCACAUUGACAUUCUGGGCACAUUUGGCCCAGCCCCUGUCCCUGCGUCUCCCAAGUAUGAAUCUAAAUUACUAUUAAUAAGGGGCUGCUCCAAGUUAACUGGCAUUCAAAGAAUUCAUUUCAAUUUGUUAAUAUUAAAUGAAUGCUCUGCACUUUAGCUCCCUUCUUCACCCUGGAUUCCCAGAUGAGUGAUGGGAAGAGGGGGCAGGGAAGUAGAAUGAGGAUUUUAUUUCCGGCUCUCCAGCUUAGCCACUGUGGUGCCUCCCCUGGGGGUGUGCGAUCAGGCACAGUGGGGCCUGCUUGGGGAAAGUCUGAUGGUCUUUUUUUGGUGAAAUUCAUCUGUUU